GAACUAACAAUGAACCCGGUGCAGGAGUGGGGCGAGGAGUUUGAGGACGGUGCUGUUUAUGGGGUCACGUUGCGGCGGGAGCCCGUCCCCUCCCCCCCCGACCACGGGGAGGACAGCCCGUGUUGCGCCUUUGUGCAGUACCGGACCUGCAAGGUGCGGCGCCUGAAGGCGGCGACCCUGCACCUCCUGGUGAAGCAGCUGCUAGACCCCGACUGCCAGGAGCAGGACUACAGCAGGAUCUUCCUCUCCACGUACAGAACCUUCACCGGGACCGCCGAGCUCAUAGAGCUGCUCUUUCACCGAGAGAAUGAGGCCUCAUAUCUGGACAACAGUGAAUGCUACAGUAGCCCCGUGUUGACCCUCGUCCAGACGUGGAUGGACGAGUACAGCGAGGACUUCAGGGACCCCCCUCUGCACCCGGCUCUCCGGCUGCUGCUGGACCACCUGCGGAUCAGCGCCGCGGUUUACGGAGACAUGCGCACGCAGCCCAACUUCAGCUCUCUGGCCGGGCAAGCCGAGGCGCUGCUCCACGCGCUACAGAACGAAGAAACUGAGACCAAUGCCAGUCCAGCCCAGGAAGACCUGGAGCCAGAGGAGGAGGCUUCUGGGGAUGAGGACUCAGGAUGCGAGAACGUUCUGGACCACGGUGGCAUCAUGAGCUUCUCCGCGGCAGCAGUCGCUGAACAGCUCACCCGAACGGACUCCGCUCUGUUUGUCAAGGUUGUGCCAUACCAGUGUCUGGGCUGUGUGUGGUCGCAAAGAGACAAGAAAGAAAACAUGUCUCCCACUAUCCGAGCCACCGUGGCUCAGUUCAACGCCGUUACCAACCAGGUCAUCAUGUCGCUGCUCUGCCCGCCGACAGACGCCAACUCCAGCCCCACGCCCUCCGGCCGGCCCCCCUCCACGCCGGCUCAAAGGGCCCGCGUCAUAGAGAAGUGGGUCAGAGUGGCACAGGGUUGUCGGCGGUUGAAGAACUUCUCGUCUCUCCGGGCGAUCCUAUCAGCCCUUCAGUCUAAUGCCGUUUACAGGCUGAGAAAGACCUGGGCUGCUGUUAGCAGGCAGAGUAUGGCCACGUUUGAUAACCUCUGGGAAACCUUCCCCGAUGAGAACUGUGUUCUGACCAACAGAGAGCUCCUGCUGGAGGACGGAGGCCAAGCGACCGUGGAUAACGUUUCUCCAAAGUUAUCCAAGCGGUGUCCCUUCCCCAGACAGAUGAGUACCUCCAUGGGCGUGGUUCCUUACCUGGGCACCUAUCUGACCGUGCUCACCAUGCUGGACACCGCGCUGCCAGACACGGUGGAGGGGGGGCUCAUCAACUUCGAGAAGAGGAGGAGGGAGUUUGAGGUGCUGUCCCAGAUCCGAGCGCUGCAGACGUCGUGCUCCCAGUACACGCUGCCCCAGCACCCCCGCAUCGCUGCCUGGCUGCAGGGUCACCGGCAGCUCUCGGACCAGGAGAGGUGAGCUCCACCAGCCGUCGUUAACGUUUCCCCCUCUCAUUCCUCCUGCUCUGUUUUAGAUACAAGCCAUAGCUUCAUGUCUGUCUUCAGUCUCCUCACAGUGAACGACGGAUCUAAAAACGUCCCCGCGGACCAGAUCAGCGUUUCGUCUUCUGGGUCCAGUGGAUCUGAGAUAGAGGCUCCCUCCUCCCCAAACUCGGCCUGUCACAUCCGACUGCAGUCCUUUCACAGCUCCUGCAACAACGUGUCAGAGACGUUUUCGUCUUCCUCCUUGUCCUCGUCUUCCUGCUCCUCGGCCACUUUCCCUCCAGACUCUCCCCCUCCGACCGGUUCUUCCUCCGACCGCCGGGCAGAUCUCUGCUCCCCGCCCGCGUCAGGCCCCUCGUCAGGCGCCUCGUCGGGCACCCCGUCGGGCCCCCCAUCGGGCGCCCCCCUCGGGCCUCCCAUCGGCGCUCGGCCGAAGCCCCCUCUGGUUUCCCACCACAAGCGCUCGGUGUCCAUGACGUCGCUGCCCGUGUACAACCGGCAGGUGGGCGACUCCUGCAUCGUCAGGGUGAGCGUGGACCUGGGCCACAACAACGGCAACAUGUACAAAAGCAUCCUGCUGACCAGCCAGGACAAGACUGCGCAGGUGAUCCAACGGGCGCUGGAGAAGCAUCACCUGGACCACGUGGACCGGAGAGACUUCAGCCUGACCCAGGUCAUCUCCCCGGAGAGAGAGUUGCUCAUACCGGACAAAGCCAACGUCUUCUACGCCAUGUCCACCACGGCAAACUUUGACUUUGUUCUACGGCCGUUACCGGCCGGCCAGAAGAAACCGCUGAGGGCCACGUCGAGCCUCGGCCGGUACUCAAAGUAGAACCCUGGACCCGGCUCGGAUUUAGGUUGUUUUUAGGGUCUUUGUUUCAUGAGGGACGUGUGUUCUCCAAGAUGUUUCUAUGGCCACUUACAAGAUGAUGCAAAAGCACUUUAUGAAGAAGAAACUGAUGGAGCUUAAAGCUACAGCGCGUGGUUUCUGGCGCCGCCAUGAGGAAGUCUGAGAAAUGACAACAAGACUGUCCCUCCACACACACACACACACACACA